ACGUCGAGAAACUCUACCAGGCCUCUCCACGAGCAGCGAUGUAUAAUAAACUAAGGACUGGUGUUUGUGCAGUGUUCUUUUCCGUGUUUUUUUUUGUUGCGUCUUCUUUACUUUUCUUUGCUUCGGCAAGCGUAAGCAAUUUUUGUGAGCCCUUUACCGACUCUUCUGUAUUUGAAAAGGUAUUUGAUAAUCCAGAGUAUUGGAAAGAUGGCAUUACACCAGUGGAAGAGAUACUUCAGUACAAUAAUUUUUCCACAGCCAAGUCUAUUAUUCAAGCCUGUGAUAUGAAUGAAGAUGUCUUUACAGCAAUCAAUAUGAAAAUUACUAACGAUCUUUAUCCGGAUAUAAAUACGUUUAAGUAUUUUAAUACGACAAGCAUAAUUAGUACAGCAGUUCACAAGUCAAUUGAGCAUAUAUUGACACAAGAUGCAAAUGUUCUUCUACCCGAUGAGUUACCACACCAGCGGCCAUCAACAUUUAGUAUGAUGUCCUUUGUCCAGGAGGUGUCAUCAGAGCUGAAGUCGUUGCCUUUAAUGGAUUACGCUAGAACAUUAAAAUUAGAUGCGGAUAUCCUAAUGACGUCGGGCAAUGAAAAUCUGACUACGAAGUUGCGAGCCGUAUCCAACACUUUGAAAGAUUUACAUCUUCAAAAAUUACAACCAACGCUGAUGUUGUCGGAACAACUGGUACAAGAAAUUGAACAACUAGAAGCACAUGUCGAUGUUGUUGGGGACUCGACGGGAACACUAUAUGAAAAUAUGGAUAAAAUCCUUAAUUACAUGGCUGAUGGUGCAAUGCCAGCAUUUAAUCAGUCUUUAGGUUCAUAUACGAAGCGCGUGACGUCAUACCCACGUGACUACACUUCAUUUACGAGGAGCAAAAUGGAAAAUGACGUCGGUUACUGUAAACCGAUCAGUGAAGUUUACCAUUCGAUCGUCGCUGCCCCUUGUGUCUAUUGCCACGGUGCCUUGAAUGUAUUUAUGCUGUCAAUAGCUGCCUUAAGUUUACUGUCAGUCGCUGUUAUCACAUUCAGUUUUUCUCUCGAGAAAUAUCUAAAACGAUCGCCUAGUUCAUCCUCUGCUGCCUCCGAGAAAGACAACGAAGAUAUAGUUAUGAAGAGUCACCGUGUUCUAAAGGAGAAUAAUUGCAGUGUUCCAAAGGAGAAUAAUUAUGCAUCUGCAGAUGCCUGGUCCUGGACCAACUCAGUUAUCGAUUCUGAAGAUGAUCCAGCAGAUGCCCAGCCAACAUACACAAAUUUCAAUCCUGCUGACUUCCAAGGUACCUGGGACUCAGGGGUGGUUUCUACUUGCUCAACAACAAACAAUCCUUCACCAUAAUAAGGGAACCAGUGGUGCUUCAGAAAAUUGCCAACACGGUGGUCAACAAGUCCGACUGGGUCUGUACCAAGACAAGCCACCUGAAGCCUCGGUCAUGUCAGUGUCCUGCAAUAAAAUCCUUGUGGGGGAGAGAUUUUAUGGUCUAGAAUCCAAAACUGUGCAUUUAGACCACAAUAUUAGGGAUUGGAAAUCAAAAUAGCGUUGCUUAAAAUGGCAAAUUAAUAGUUUAGUCCCAAUGACCUUGUUGUGGCAUGAUGACGGGGUCCCACGCUUGUCGGAUUAAAAAAAAAUAUGACCCAACUAACCUGGUGCCACCAUGGUAUAUGAAUAUGGUGGAACACUGUAGCAAAAAAUGGCCAGUAGUGUUAAUGUAUGAUGGUAGUGCAGCAUUGUAUAACAGGAGUGGUACUAUACAUGUAUGACUAUAUAAAGUGCACAAGCAUUUAUCGGUUUCAUUUUGGUUAUAAGCCUUCGUAAAAGCACACUAAAAGUAUUACAUAGAAAACACAUUUAAAAUAUUGUACAGUAGUUAACUUUUAAUUAGUGCAUUUUAUAAGUGUUAUCUAGUAAAAGGGAUACAUAAAGUAAAAGUAAA